UCUUGAAUUUAGUAUUGUGCCAGUCGGGGGGGUGGUGACAUAUUUUAUUUAACCCGUCAUCACCGUAAUUUUGUGAAUUUGUUGAAAAAAAGGAAAAUUAGUGCCGUGUCGAGGUGUGGAUAGUUUAUGUCAGGACUGAACGUGAAAAUGGCGGGUCAGACUAUAAACGAUAGGCUUUUAGCCGCUCGUCACAGUAUAGCCGGGCAAGGCUUAGCAAAAUCGGUAUGCAAAGCCACUACGGAAGAAAUGAUCGCUCCCAAAAAGAAACAUUUAGAUUAUCUAGUCCACUGCACAAACGAGCCCAAUGUCUCGAUACCGCAGCUCGCCAACUUGCUCGUCGAGCGAACACAGAACACCAAUUGGGUGGUGGUUUAUAAAGCUCUCAUCACAGUACAUCAUCUACUUGCAUAUGGGAAUGAGAGGUUCACACAAUAUCUAGCAUCAAGUAAUUCAACAUUUCAACUAAGUAAUUUUCUAGAUAAAAGUGGAGUUCAAGGCGCGGCCGGUGCACGGAUCGGCUAUGACAUGUCGCCAUUCAUCCGGCGGUAUGCCAAGUACAUGAAUGAGAAGGCUCUGUCCUACCGAACGGUCGCUUUUGACUUCUGCAAAGUCAAAAGGGGGAAGGAGGAAGGCUCUCUCCGUAUGAUGAACGCGGAGAAGCUGCUAAAAACCUUGCCAGUCCUGCAGGCACAGCUGGACGCGCUGCUGGAGUUCGACUGCAACGCCAACGAUCUCACCAACGGCGUCAUCAACAUGUGCUUCAUGCUGCUCUUCAGAGAUCUCAUCAGAUUGUUCGCAUGCUACAACGAUGGCAUUAUCAAUCUACUGGAGAAAUACUUCGACAUGAACAAGAAAAACUGCCGCGACGCUCUCGAUCUCUAUAAGAAGUUCCUCAUCAGAAUGGAUAGGGUCGGAGAGUUCCUAAAGGUGGCAGAGAACGUGGGCAUAGAUAAAGGUGACAUUCCGGAUCUCACGAAGGCGCCAAGCAGUUUGUUAGACGCGCUCGAGGGACAUUUAAAUACACUGGAGGGCAAGAAGGGAUCUGCCGCCAACACUCCCACUCAGACUGCCAGUGCGCAAAAGAACGUGGCCUCCGUAAUGGGAGCGCUAUCAUCCACGUCCUCGUCUUUCGGCAACGUGGCGGCUUCGUCGCGACUCGACAAGGCCUCAAAUGGCGCCGGCCUCUUCAUAGAUGACCCGCUGGCACAGCAGGCGCUGGCCGAGGAGGAAGCUGCUAUGAACCAGUACAAGGUGCAUUUAUUGCAAGGGGAGGAAUGGACAGGCGAGGAAGACCUUUCCGUCAUUAUAAACAAAGUCCAGUCUCCGACGAAUGCGGCGAACAACCCGUUCCUGUCAUCCGCGCCGCCAGCCAAUCAGAACCAGUCCAUCGUGGACCUGUUCGGGCCGACGCCGGCCGAUGGCGCCAGCGCCGCAACAAAAGCUUCGGACGACUUGUUGUCGCUCGGCAAUCCGUUUGCUGACAUGUUUGGAGCGGCCCCUCAGCCAGCGCCGGUGUGGCCCCAGCAACCGACCAACGGUUUCACGCCGUUCCCGCCGCCGCAGAACAACACUUUCGUCUCUGAGGCUAACUUCUCUAACGUUUUCAAUAACACUGAUACCACAGCUGCCGCGGCAAACCCGUUCAUGGGCAUGGGAGAUCCCACCCAACCUAUCUCAGCUUCCCCCGCGCGGCCGCCGCCGCCCGCGCAUCCCCCCCAACCCAAGUCCGCGUUCGACGACCUCGAGGACGCCAUGCGCAUGUCGCUCGGCGGCUCGCCCGCCCGCGCCAUGCCCGUCACGCAGCAGCCCAUGGCCGCGCCGCAGCCGCAGCCCUACGGCGCGCCCGCGCCCGCACCCGCGCCCAUGAUGUUCGGCUCCCCCGCGAGGCAGCCGAUGGUGCCGAUGGCCGCUAUGGCAGGUCAACAACAGCAGCAGCAACCCAAUAAAGUGUUGACGGGCGACUUGGACUCGUCGCUCGCUUCGUUGGCCAACAACCUUUCCAUCAACAAGUCCGCCACGGCACAGAAGCCGAUGCAGUGGAACUCGCCAAAGAACGGGUCGAAGCCGGGCGCCACGUGGAGCCCCCAGCCCAUGCAGGCCACCACCGGCGCGGGAUACCGCCCAAUGGGUCCAGGCAUGAACCUCCCGCCCAUGCUCCAUACUUUGCCCCAUACAUACCACCCCCCGCAUUACGUUAUGCAACAGCCAGGCAUGGUAAUGGGCAUGCCCGGGGCGCCUAUGCCGGCGAUGGGCAUGGGACAACCCAUGCGACCGCAGUUCCCACCGCAGCCAACCAACCAGUUUAGCUAAACUUGCUUAUUGUACUACCGCUGUUAUAUCGCGUUUUCUAUGUAGUAUCUUAGCUGAAUUAUAUAGCUCAAGUGACUCUUUUAAAACCACAUCUGGAGAACCCAAUGAAAUUAAGGGGACUGAUCAGAACUUCGGCAGACAUCACCAAACUAUAGAUCUGAUACCCCGAUCGAAGACGUGAAACGCAACAGUGAAUAUACCAGGUCUACUAUAAUUUAUUGUAUUGUAAUCUUUCCUAUGAGUAGUAACACAAAGUAAUGAUAUGAAACUAUUCCUCUUACGUAACGCUAGAAAUAUGGUCUUCGGUAACUCUGGCUAUGUUUCAUUUUUCUUCCUGCUAGUCUAGAGACAGUUAUGAUUGGUCAUUUUUGCAUAUAAACACGUAACGAUGCUACAUAGAACUCAUGUUUGUAUAAAUAUUGUAUUUUGUAACUGUUUCAACCCAUGGAUUCGAAGUUAAAAGUCAUUGUAAAUCUGACUUCGUAGGAUAAAAUAUCUAAGUUUACACAAUGUAUAAAUAUAUUUAUGUAUACGCAGAUGUCACUGUUAUGUUGCGAGUUACCUAAUUAAUUGGUUAGUUAUUUGAUUUAUUGUAUUAUCCAUUAAUUGUUAUGGAACAGUCAAUUAUUAUUAUUUGGAUAUCAAAAUCAUUCUUACUUCCAAUUAUUGAAUGUAAUAAAAUUAUGAUUAUUUUAAUUCCUUAAUGGAUUAUACAUACUUUAUUUCACUUUGAUAAUGAGUAUUUUGUGUGCGUGAUUUGAAUUAUUUCUCUAGAAUUCAAAUAUUUCUUUAGUAAAUUAUACACUUAAUUUUAUUUCGCUUCGUACGACUAUUUAUUAUUGUCUUUAUGAAUUUGUCUUAUGAAAACGGUGCAUAUAUCAUUAUAUUUUGUUAUUGAACAUCACAUUCCAUAUUUGUACAAAAGUAUAUUACUACAGGUUGGUUAAAGCGUUAUUUCCGAUACAUAUUAACAUUUCAACUGGAAUUGAAGUGAACAUCUUAUAUUUACAUACUAUAUAAACAUAAUUUGUAAAUGUUAGUGUUGAUGCUUAACGACAUAAAAUAGAAUACCGUAGUGGGAUGCAUUGGUGAUAAAUGCUUCACAGAUUGUAAGAAUAUUGCGUUAGUUCUCAGUUAGAUAUUCCAGAAUAACAUUACUUGAGUACCUACAUAAUAUAUAUUCCAUCAACCAACAGCAUAUCAAAACUGCCAUUUCAUUACACACUGUUCAGAAUAUUUAGGCUUAUUGCGAGAUUUCUUAUGUUUAAAGUGUAUUCUAGUAUGACAGUCAAGUAAGUAAAUAGUGCAUCUUAGGUUUACAAUGUUCUUGAAAGUGCUAAAAAGUACCGGCCGGUUAUUGUAAUCAACUUUUACACUGUCAUCAGAUUUAUAUUUAUGUGUAGUCAUGAUUCUGCAUACUAUCCUAUCGGCAUAGCUUAAGCGUAGCGUAUCUGUUACACUAAAUCUCACUUCUAGUGUUGUUUCGAUACAUACAUAACCCUGUUAUUUCCAUAUCUUUGUAUAAUCUUAUGUAUAAAUUAUAUUAUAAUAGAAACCCUUAACAUUAAAAAAAUAUUUAACUAUUGUUAAUCAAAGUGUAGUACUUACAUACUUAAUAUAACAACACAAGGAAAAAUAUUCUAACACUAUGAAAGAUUAAUAUGAUUGAACAAUGUUUAAAUUUUUUUUGAAUGAGGGUUUUUGUAUAGGAGUUGUUCGCAUUAGAUCGUUACUGAAAUUAGGUGUUACGGGUGUAUAUUCUAUCGUGUGGCUGUUGUGAAUAUAAGGAUUAGGUGCUUAUUUCAGGAUAUAUAUGUGUAUCUUCAGUUAAAUCGUUUCUACUUCUUCAGGUUUAGACGCUGUCUCUGAUCGCUUACCCAAUCUAUGAAAUGUGUCAUACUCUUACCAAAUGCACCCCUUGGUCGAGUAGCAAUAAGUCGUUUCUGACAUUAUACAUAUUCAAUCAGAAGGUAUGCUUAUUGACAACAGAUCAAGCGGGGUAGUCU